AUGGUGUUGCUGGAGAGCGAGCAGGUAUUCGGCCGCCCGGAGGGCCGGGGACUCAAGCCCGAUGUAUUAUUAUUAUUAUUAUUAUUAUUAUUAUUAUUAUUAUUUUACGCAGAUGAUGGUCGCACCAAACCUACUCCACGGAAGAGUUCCGUGGAGGGUCUCGAGCCCGCAGAAAACAAGUGUCUGUUGAGAGCCACGGAUGGGAAAAGGAAGAUCAGCACUGUGGUGAGUUCCAAAGAAGUGAAUAAGUUUCAGAUGGCCUAUUCAAACCUCCUGAGAGCCAACAUGGAUGGGCUGAAGAAGAGGGACAAGAAGAACAAGAGUAAGAAGACCAAGCCUGCACAGUGACAGCCUCGCCAUUGGCAACAGCUGGAGGGCGGUUUCCUGUGUUUGCUGCUUUUGGCGCCCUCUGAUGUAACUGUUUUCAUGGAAGGGUCGUUCAAGAGAGAAGGGUUGGCUGAUCAUUGGGUAGUUGUGGUCAGAAGCCCGUUUGUCUUAGAUCUUCCCUGUAUGGCUGCAUAGUCUUUGAUUCCAGUCUUAAAGCGUCUAGUCAUCUUUCAAGAGCUGUAUGUCAUUAAGUCCACCCACGCUAGCUGUUUCUUUGCCUACCCUGUUUCUGACAGUAAUUACUAACUCUAGAACGAUACAGUUACUCAGUGGUUUGUUUUUUGCCUUGUCUUUGAGAAUACUGUAAUAGAAAUCUGACAGUUUUAUUAAAAGUCAUGUUAUCCUAUG